AUGGCUCUUCGUAUUCUCUCGCAAACUCGUACUAUUACGUCAGCAGCUUCUGUCGCGUGGCGUGUAGCUGGUCAAAGUCCUUUGGGUCUUGCUUUUUUUUCGACCAAAUACACGCCACAGCAUGAGUAUGUGACAAUAAAUGGCAAGGAAGGCACGAUUGGAAUCACUGAUUUUGCCCAGAACUCACUGGGUGAUGUCGUAUAUGUGGAUCUACCAUCGGUGGGUGAUAAGUUUAAGAAAGGUGAUGCUUUCGGUGCCGUCGAGUCCGUUAAGGCCGCUAGUGACGUGUACACGCCCGCUUCUGGUACUGUGACGGCCGUCAAUGAGAAUUUGGCUACUGAACCUAAUCUCGUGAACGACGAAGCAAUGACUGGUGGCUGGUUUAUAAAGCUAGAGCUAGAUGAUGUGACUGACGUGGAUGACUUGCUUGAUGAGGCCGCUUACAAAGAGCUUUGUGAGAACGAGGAGCACUAG